AUGGCAAAGGCUGUGCGCUUUAAAGUUCGUUGCACAGUUUGUCAUGAGGUUUUUCAAAACGACUACGUUGGGAAACAUACAAAAUCUAAACACAAAGACCUUCACGCGUCUGGUCGUCAGGCACCCGUAACCAUUGAGUUGGAUAAGUCUGAUACUCGUCAAAGUAAAAUGGAUGCCUUUUUCCGCUCAACUCCUGCCGACGACUCAAAUUCCAGUGGUGCGAAAAAGAGAAAAAUAGCCACUAGCGUUGAGAUUACAACAUUGUCUGAACCAGAGGAAGGUGAUGAACCGGCAACAGACCAUGGAGAGUCAAUUAGAAACACUCAAAAAGGUAAAUUUCCGUGAAUAUCUCCUUAGAAAUAGAUGACGUCCAUACGUGUCAUACAGUACGGAAUAAUUAAAUGAAUAAAUAAAUAAUAAAGUGCGACAUUGAAACAAUUAUUACCCCUAUUUUUGAUCACAUUGAUUAACUUCAUUUAAUAGUUGCCAUUUCUUUCAAACUCUUAGAACCUAUUCUAACUGAACAUCAAGAAAAAGAGGACAUGAUAGAAGAAAGUGACGGAACUAGCUCGGGUGGUGAAUUGUCGGAUGAUGGGUCAGAUGAUGCUGAUCCUGCUGGUCUUGGAGAUAUGAUGAGCAUAGGUAUAUAUUUUCAUUUUUAGAUACUUUAAAUUUUGACAUAGAAUAUAAAGUUGACAAUAUAUUGCACUUCCAUAACUAGCAAUGAAUUAUAAAAGGGUGACACAAUUCCCAAUACAGUACUCUAUAUCGAGUUUGUUCAUGUUUUUUAUUCAUAGAUAAAUCUGAUGGACAAAGUAAUAGCAGUGGUGUACAUGAGGGGUCUAAGCUAGCAACAAAUUUAUCAGGACCGAAUGAUAUCUCUUUGACGAAAGAUGAUCAACCAGUGCAACCUCGAAAGAUUAAAUUCCCUUCUCAUAUAAUUGGUCGACAGUACAGGUCAUUUAAUCCCUCUCUCUAUGAUAAAUACUUGUGGUUAGAAUACUCGGAAUGUGAAGACGCUGUGUACUGCUUUUACUGCCGACAUUUCUUCGCCGAAAGAAAAGAGCCGACCUUUGUUACCCAUGGUAUGCGGAAUUGGAAAAAGUGCUAUGGAACGAAACCGAAUAACAACAAAUUGCUUCAACAUCAAACCAGCUUUCAGCAUGCUCAAUCUGUUGCAGCUCACGCUCACUACCUGGAUAUCAAAUCUGGUAAAUUCCAAUCUGUUGCUGAACUUCAGGACGCUGAGCACGCAAAGCAGAUAAAGGAUAAUAGACACUAUUUGCGCACUAUAGCUGAAAUUCUUCUUGUUACUGCCCAACAGAAAAUUGCCCAGCGGGAGACUGGCAGAUCAUUUCGCGUUAAAGACAUCAUAAGAAAAUCUCUUACGUUUGGACAAUCGUGUGGCAAUUUUCUGGCUAUUCUUUCCGUUGUUGCCAGACAUGACUCAGUUAUUGCUGAAAGAAUUCGAUACGGCCCUGCAAAUGCAAAAUACAUCCAUCACACCAUCCAGAAUGCUUUGUUAGAUAUUAUGAAGGACAUGACUUUAGAACAGAUUCAAGAAGAAGUUCGCAAAGCUGUAUAUUUUACAGUUCUUGCUGAUGAAUCUAAAGAUACUAGCAAAAAGGAACAGGUUGUCGUUGCAGUGCGGUACUGUCUUAAUAACGGUAUCCAUGAAGAAUUUGUUGGAAUUGCCGAAGCACAAAGUUUGGAUGCCGACGGUCUUACCGAUACCAUUAUCAGCCAGUUAAGGAGGAUUGAUGCCAAUAUGAAGAACUGUGUUGGGCAGGGCUAUGAUGGAGCAUCUGUGGUUGCUGGUCGGUUGAAUGGAGUGCAAAAGAAACUUCGAGAAAAAACUGGUUCUGAAAUGGCCUACUACGUGCAUUGCUACUGUCACAGAUUAAAUCUUGUAAUUGUUGAUGUGGUGAAUUCGAUCACGUGUGUGGCAAAUAUGAUCGCUCUUAUUAAAAAGAUACAUUCAUUUCUUGGCACCAGCACUGUACAUGUACGAUGGGAGAAAGCGCAAGAAAUCCGUGGCCUAAAAAGAAUGGAAAUUGGAAAUAUUUCCGAUACGCGGUGGGCAUGCCAGGCUAAACAGUUGAGUGCAAUGGCAAAAAGGAUCGAAGUUGUCCACGAAGUGUUGGAAGAAAUCAUUGACAAUGACACUGAUGCCGAUCGUGUUGUUGAUGCGAAUGGAUUUAAGCUACAGAUGGAUCGCCGUUUUGUGCGAUAUCUUUUAGUUACCAAGCAUAUUUUGAAGAAAGCGAAGUUUGCCUCAGAUAUGUUGCAGAAGCCAACCAACGAUCUAUCUAAUGCAAUUGACCUUAUUACAACUCUUAAAGAGGAAGUAGACGCCUGCCGCUCGCGAGAGAAAUGCCAGCAGUUUUGGGAUGAAGCUGAAGAUGUUGCCGACCGUUUAAACCUACCAGACGAUGUACGACCUGUUCGAAACAGAUGA